AUGAAUCUGGCGAACCGGGUUCCUAUGAUAGCUAUAUCCACGCCGAAUGCCACACCGAAUGCCACACUGAAUGCCACGCUGAAUGCCACACCGAACGCCAUGCUGAAUGCUGCUGAGAAUGAAAUCUCUAUCUCACAGCAGGUAUCUUUCUAUUCAAUUUACAUGGAUAACUACUUUACCUCUGUUCCUCUAUUCAAAGAACUGUGCCAACAGGGAUAUGGAGCAUGUGGAACUACCCACUCUAACCAGGUGCCAGCUAUACUAAGUGAAUUUUCACUGACUACAAUUCAUCAAUUGAACACUGUUAUUGAACGGGUACCUACACGGCCAGGAGAACUCUCAACCAACAUCAAUAUUGUUCAGAAAGUCUUUGAAAAGCAAUCACAGAAGAAGCUGAAAAUCCCAGUCAUUAUAGAUGACUAUAAUCAUCAUAUGAAUGGGGUGGACCUAGCAAAUCAGUACCAGGCAGCAUAUACUAGUCAUAGGGUCACCUAUCAAACAUGGCUUCCUAUUUUCUACUGGCUUAUUGACGCUGCGGCUGUUAAUGCAUACCGGUUUCAGUAUAUAUAUAUGAAGCAGCAGGGGGUUCCUGCUAAGAACCUGUCUUCUCAUAUAAGCUUUCAUGAGAAGCUCUAUCAGGAACUCUUUGAGUUCUCAUCUAAGAUUUAUGAUGAUUUACCACCUCAAUGA